AUGGUUAGAAGCACUGAUAGGAAAAGGCUUAUCAAAGAGGACAUUCCUGCGAGAAGGCCCUUUACUGAUAUAACGAACCAAGACCGCACUGUUAAAAGAAAGAGAAGAGAAACUAGAGAUAAGUCCAGAACCAAAAACACCAGAAUAGAGAAUGCUGAGCUGAAAGAAUAUUCUCGAAACUUAUUCGAAGAGGAAUUUAUUCAUGGUGGGAUCACAACUGGCAUUGUCUAUGAUGAGAAUUGUGAGGAAACUAGGUUUCAAGAAUGUGGUGAUACUCUUUUCGAUUCAGACAACUCAAAUGAUGAUUAUGUCGAUCCUAUUUCGGAAGACAGCAGUAGCGGCGAAUCAGACAUAGAAAAUUCCAACUGCAAUCUUCCCCAACGUAAAAAGAGAACAAGUCAUGCUUCCAGAUAUGUCAUACCAGAAGAAUAUGCCACACUUGGUGCUCCUUCAAGGAUAUGCAGUCAUUGCAAUGCGCAAAUGUGGCACGAGGAACGUGUCAACAAAUGUGUUACAAAAGGCAAACCUCUGUUCUCUAUUUGCUGUCGUAGAGGUGAAGUUAAAUUACCAGAACCAGAGGCCACUCCAAACUACUUGCUAAAUCUCUAUAGGGAUGAUGUUAGAGGUUCUAAAUUUGAAAGAAGCAUAAGGCUUUACAAUGCUAUGUUUGCGUUUACCUCUGCUGGUGGAAAUGUUGAUCAUUCGAUAAACAGGGGUAGGGGUCCAUAUAUAUAUACCGCUUGAAUGGUCAAAAUCACCAUGUUUUUGGCUCCCUAAUACCUGAUGAUGGGGACACUCCAAAAUUUUGUCAGCUUUAUAUAUAUGAUGCUGCCAAUGAAGUUAACAACCGUUUGCGUUGGGUCAAGGUCUCUGAUGAACAACCUGUGGAUGUGGAAAUUGUUCAAGGUUUGAUGCAGAUGCUCGAUGACACUAAUGAACUGGUGGAUAAAUUCCGCAUUGCCCGCGAUCGUUGGGAGAACAAUGAUAUUUGUGAUUUAAAAGUGGAGCUCAAAAUAUGUCGUGCACAGAACGGGCGGGAGAACCAUAUAUCUGCCUCUGAUGAGGUUGCAGGCAUAAUGGUUGGUUCUAGCUCGAAUACUACUCCAGACCGUGAUAUAAUAAUUGAGGCCAAGUCUGGGAAACUGCAACGUGUUUCGUACAUACAUCCGAAGUUUAUGGCACUGCAAUAUCCACUUUUAUUUCCUAAUGGUGAGGAUGGAUACCAUGAUAAAAUUCCUUUCCAGAGUGCUGAUAUGUCUAACUUGAAAG